UUUUUUUUUUUGGUUCUUUUUUUUUUUUUUUUUUUUUUUUUUUUUUCCGGAGCUGGGGACCGAACCCAGGGCCUUGCGCUUCCUAGGCAAGCACUCUACCACUGAGCUAAAUCCCCAACCCCUCAUUGUUUUUUUAAACACAGGAUCUCCCUAGAUAGCUCUGGCUGCCUUGAUAGUCUAGAAAGAUCAGGCUGACCUCAAACUCACAUCAAUCCACCUCCUUAAAGGGCAUAGCUUUAUACCUGGCUCUAAAUUUUUUGAAUGCUCUUAAACAGCAAGAAAAAUAGGGUUCAGGCCCUGCUUCUCAGUGCUGGUACUAUAAUCUAGUAUUUCCUAUAUGAAUUCCUAUUUUAAAAUAACCAGUAAGCUAGGGACUGAGUUAUCCUUUUACUGUGUACACUCUAUAAACAUGUGCCAUUGUGUGCAUGUGGAGGUCAGGAAGAACUUUCAGAGGUGGAUUCUCUCCUUUCACACUGUGUUCUUGAGAUUGAACUCGGUCAUCAGGCCUGAGCAGCAAGUGCCUUUACCCACUGAGCCAUAUCGCUGGCUCUGGUUGCCUUGACUGUUCAACAUAGAGCCAAGAAGUGUCAGAACUAAAUUAAGCUGGUACCAGCAUGAUUAAUUCUUCACAGUCCUAGGCUGAUUGCUAUCUCUCCCUAUGCGUCUCAGGGUAGAUGGGUCAGCUUAUCAGGGUUGUCAUCCCACAGCCUCUGGCUGGUGCUCUUUGUUGUGAAGCUGUCCUUGUUUCUGGCUGCUGUCAGGAUCCUGUCUUUUUAGCAGUUCUGCUGCUGAAUUGCGAACUUGUCUCUUUGGUAGGAGGUUGUCAGCUGAGACUCGAAGGCAAGUAAUCAACUCUGCCUGAACCUAAGGAGUUUCUGAGCUCUGGGCAGGUCUGGUAAGCUCAUGGGGCCCAGGGUCCUCCCUGUCAUUGGCAGGACAUAUUGUCAUUGGCUUGGACAAGUGGAUGUUUAUCCAUUGGCAUGGAUAUGUCAUUGGCCGGACAAAUGACAUCCCUUGUAAGUUGGCAUGAGAGCUUGACGACUUUGAAUCUACACUGGUGCACUCUGCAUAUUCUCAAAUAUUUGAGAACGCUGAACGUUGGGUUGGGGAUUUAGCUCAGUGGUAGAGCACCUGCCUAGCAAGUGCAAGGCCCUGGGUUCGGUUAAAAAAAAGUUAAAAAAAAAUAUUGAAGUUUUUUUUUGUUUUCUUUGUAAAAUUACUGCUUUAUCAUAUGUACUGCAUGUAUGUCUGUAUACCACAUGAUUACAGCACACUCAGAGGCCAGAAGAGGUUCUCUGGAACUGGAGUUAAAGAUGACUGUGAGCUACUUGCCAUGUUGAGUACUGGGAACUAAACUUGGAUCCUCUGCAAGAGCAGCCACUGCUCCUAACAUUGAGCCACCUUUUCAGUCCCUGCUAUUUGGUUUUUAAUAUUCAGACUUUAGACAUAGCCACUUUAUAAAAGCCAUACUUUGGGGGCUGGAGAGAUGGCUCAGCAGUUAAGAGCACUGACUGCUCUUCCAGAGGUUCUGAGUUCAAAUCCCAGCAACCACAUGGUGGCUCACAACCAUCUGUAAUGGGUUCUGAUGUCCUCUUCUGUUGUGAAUGAAGACAGCAAUUGUGCACUGAUAUGCGUAAAAUAAAUCUUGAAAAAAAAAAAAGCCAUACUUCAAAGCUGUCUAAGAAAGCUGGGGAUGGUGCUUCAUGUCUGUAAUACCAGCACUUGAGAGGUGUGGGCUCAGGAGCAGAAGGUCUAGGUAAGUUUCAGAUUCAUUAAACCCAGUCUCAGUAGUGUCUGUGGCCUGUCAUACAAGGGAGCUUUUGGUGAGAUCUUUCCUCCGCUGCCCGUCCUGUGUCCUUACGACUGCCCAGCUUGUCUUCAGAACUACAUGUAUAAAGCUGGCACAGUAAUAGAAUCUCCCCCUCCUGGGAGGUCCCACGAAUUAAAUGGGAAAGUGAAUGCUAUGGGGUGAUAAUAAUGUUACACUGGUGCCUCUGAGACCCCAUGCUCCUGAACUUAGAACACUGAAUUGUGAAGUAGUGUGAGUAGCACUCUCCACGCCUCCUUAAUGUGCUUUGUCUUCAGAGACCUUGGUGCUAUGAGCACUCACCAUCCAAUCUGAGGUAAUGUGCUAACCAACCCCUGUAAACAGGCUUCCACUGUAUAAGGGGUUUGCUCCUGUGCCACUACCACCCGUCUGCACCUGCUUAAAGAAAGUCAGCAUCCGCAUGAGUGCUCACAACCAUCUUCACUCCAAUUCCAGGGGAAGUUACCCUCUACUAACCACCGUGAGCACCAGGCAUGCGUGUAGUGCACAUGUGUGCGUACAGACAAACUUAUAAAAUUAAAAAACAAAACGUAGUGAGACUGGGAAGCAGAGGCAGCCGGAUCUCUGAGUUUGAGUCUACACAGUUCUGGGCUAGCCAGUGUAAUCGGUGGUUGGUCUCUUUGGUCCCUGAAUGAUUUAGACCCUGGAAAGCAUAUCAAAGGAAGGAGAGGAAGGCUAGGAAGACUAGGCGUGGCCUCUUGUGGGCGUGGCCUCUUGUGCGGGUGGGUGGUGUCUCUCACCACCAGCUGCUUUGCCUCCGGUCCCCUUGGAGCUGGUAAUAGCAGGAAGCUGGGGCAGAGCCUUUCCCCUGUGGUUUCUCCUGCAGUUGAAACUGCUCUGUGAGGGCUGGAGAGGUGGCUCAGAGGUGAAGAGCACUGACUGCUCUUCCAAAGGUCCUGAGUUCAAACCCCAGCAACCACAUGGUGGCUCACAACCAUCUGUAAUGGGGAUCCGAUGUCUUCUGGUGUGUCUGAAGAUAGCUACAGUGUAUAUAAUAAAUCUUUAAAAAAAAAAAGAAAAUGUUCUGUAAACUGUCUUGACUCUAUGUAUUCCCUAGACCUGCCUUUAUGACCUCUGACCUAUCUCCUGGAUUCUUUUUGGAUAUCCAGAAUUUGUUACAUGCCAAAAGGUAUCUUGUGACUGAAGCCUUUAUUUGGUAUGUUACUUCCCUGGUGACAAAAUAAUUGACAAACCAAUUUAAAAGAGGAGAUUUGGGCUAGAGAGACAGGGCUCGACAGUUAAGAGAACUGGCUACUCUUCCAAAGGACUAGAGUUCAAUUCUCAGUACCCACCUGGCACCUCACAACUGUUUAUAACCGUUCUAUUAGUCAGGGUUCUCUAGAGGAACAGAACUGAUAGUAUCAAUCUCUGUCUGUCUGUCUGUUGGGGUAUUUAUUAGAAUGGCUUACAGGCUGUGGUCCAAAAUGUAGUUCAAAAGUGACUGUCUGUCAAUGAAAGAUCCAAGAAUCUAGUACAGUGUUCAGUCCACAAGGCUAGAUGUCUCAGCUGGUCUUCUGUAUACACGAGAAUCACAAAGAAGUAGUCUCUUCAUCAAUAUAGGGAUGGACUUAACAUACAGAGCAAUCAGGCAGAGGGCAAGCUUCCUUCUAUGUCCUCUACGUAGGCUGCAGAAGGUGUGACCCAGAUUAAUGGUGUGUCUUCCCAGUUCCAACAAUCUGGAUUAAAAGUGGGUCUUGGCCCUGGGUUCGGUCCCCAGCUCCGAAAAAAAGAACCAAAAAAAAAAAAAAAAAAUGGGUCUUGGGCUGGAGAGAUGGCUCAGUGGUUAAGAGCACUGACUGCUCUUCCAGAGGUCCUGAGUUCAAAUCCCAGCAGCCACAUGGUGGCUCACAACCAUUUGUAAUGAGAUCUGAUGCCCUCUUCUGGUGUGUCUGAAGACAGUGAUAGUGUACUCACAUACAUAAAAUAAAUAAAUAAAUCUCAAAAAAAAAAAAAAGAAAAGAAAAAAAAAGUGGGUCUUCCCACUCCAAAUGAUUUAAUUAAGAAAAGUCCCUCGCAGGUGUACCAGCCGUUUGGGUUUUAGUUAAUUCCUUAUGUAAUUAAGUUGAGCAAGAAUAGCCGUCACGACUGUAUCCAAUAAAGUACAGAAGUCUUUGAAAAGCCACACACACACACACACACACACACACACACACACACACACACACACACGCGCGCGCGCGCGCAAAGGAGAUUUCUCUUGGCUCAACAGUUUCAGAGGGUAGUCUUUCAUGACAGGACAGGGAUGGUGGAUGUUCAGCUCUGUCCUUGUCAGUUGGACCAAACUCUGCAGAUCAUGGAGCAGAUACUAGGCCAGAAUGUGGGUUGUAUCCUUCAGAUAUUGCCCGUGUCUGCCAGCUGGGCCACGUGUUCCACAGGUUCCAUGGCCUCCCAAAAUAGCAGCACCGGCUGGGGAUCACUUGCUAAACAAUCUGGAGGGACUGGUUUUUAGAUUCAUGCUGUGUUUGGGGAAAGGGAUUCUGCAAUGUCCCUAAGGAGCUUGAAAGUGUUGAGUUACACAGAUGACCCCUCAAAUCCAAUCACUAGUGUCCUUAAAAAAUGCCACAGGGGCUGGAGAGUUGGCUCAUCAGUUAGGAGUACUCUUGCAGAGGACCCAGGUAAGAGUCUCAGUGCUCAAAUGGUGGCUCACACCCUCUAUAACUCCAGUCUCAGGGGAUAUGACACCCUCUUCUGUUCCCUGCAUACAUGCAGGGAAAACACUCAGAUGCAUAAAGUAAUUUUUAAAAAUUAAAAAUAUCAAAGAGGAAAAGAAAAAAACAGUUCCAAAGAGAAGUGUCACAGAGGAGAGGAGUCAGAGACUGAAGUGGCAGGGACACAAGAAGCUGGAAAAAGCAAGAAGGACCUGUGGGAGUGCAACUCUGGGACAACUCCAUUUUACAACUGCUGGCCUCAGAGCCACAGGAGAAUAGUUUCUAGAAGUUCUGCAUGUUAUUUUGUGAGAUUGGGUCUUGUUCUGUAGCUAGGUUGGCCUUGAAUUUACAGUCCUCUUUCCUUAGCCUCCAGAGUGUAAGGAGUCCAAGCAUAUUUGUUAAUUGUUUCUGUUGAGUGAAUAUCUGCUUGUAGCAGUUUUUUUUUCUCUUUUUUUAUGGCAAAACCACUGAAUAAUAAAGUUACUGUCAUGUAGAAAAUUCAGCAUCUUUGGACAGAAGUCUGCACGGGCUCUUUGCAUAGUCCAGAUAUAUCAGACUGGUGCAUGGGUUAUUUGCAUAUUAACCCAGAUAUAUCUGGUGCAGGUGACAGUCAUUAUGUGGAGGGUAGCACUGGCUAGCUGGUUUGGCACACAGAUGUCAUGUACUUGGGGUACUUGUCAGCUCACUAUGUCUCCUCUGGUCUGCGUAGCCUCAGAUAGGAGGCAGGGGCAAUGUCCAGUAGCCUGAGGCCUUUCUUCACACUGUGGCAUUUAGACCCUGUGCUUACGUGUGUUGGGAUAUGCUAGAGUCUGUGGCUAUGAUUUGGGUGUAUUAAGGUGGUACUGUGUUGGGAUUGCUGAGCUGUACUGGGAUAAGUAAGCUUGUGUGGACCAAGGUGAGCUAGGAUCUGUUGGGGUGAGUUGAGGUGGGCUAUGAUAGUCACAGGUGUGCUCCUCUGGAACCCAUCCUUACUUGAAGCUGUGCCAGCAAACUUACGUACUGGAGUAAUCCGAGUUGUUCCAAUGCUCUAGUAGUAUACCAUUGAGUAGUGGACUUUUGGAGUUAGACCAUCACGGUCCUUCCCCUUAGCAUGGCCCAGUGAAGGCAUGUUUAUCAGAGGGAGAUGAAGGCAAGCAUUGAGGAGGCAGGCUGGUGACAUUGCUACUCCCCAUCCUGGAGGGAAAUCAGCCCCCUGGUGGAGUCGCAGCUUAUCUGUGAAUGAGGAUGAUUUUAAUACCUUCCCUCAGCUGGUCACCUUGAUAAACACUGUGUUGCCAGCUCCUGUCCUCAGCGUCACCAAAAUGUGGCCUAAGUGGACCAUCCAACAUUGAGUGAAACACCACGGCUGGCCUACAGGCCACUCCCUGCAAUCUGAUCUGUAGGAGAGUUUGAAAUACUUGUUGGUUUUAUGUGAAUCCAUCGACUAACCGAACAUUUCCCUAAAAGGGCACACAUUGAAAGCCUUUAGGAAUUACUCAAAUACAGCUGAGCGGUGUGGCGCAUGUAACUUAAUCAGCCACAGGGCUUGGGAAACACAAGGUGACCGUGGUGAUUUGAGAAGGCCACCAUAGGUCCAGAUCUGCCCAGGGAGAGGAGAUGAGGACUGUUCUGGGCAGAGUUCCUCUUAGGCACUGGUGCCUGCCAGAUGUCUCAGUCCUUAUCUGGCCCCUGCCUGCUGUGAUCCAGGUCACAAGUCCCCUGUCCUCAAGAAACCUGGAGGAUAUUAAGGGUCUGUAGCAGGUCGUGCAGCAGGUGAGGGCACUCCUGGCCCCGGUUGGCUGAGCAUGUACAGGAUUGGGCUUCUGGGCCCAUAACCUGUGGUGGCCUGGCCUGACUCCUGGUAUGCCUAGUAUCAGCCCCAGGAAUACCCAGUGGCUUUCUAAUGUCUUCCUUUUUAGGUCUUAUUCCAGAUGCUUUCAGAACUACUCCAUUUUGUACAUAACCUAACCCUGUACCUAACCCUGCAACCUUUUUUACUUCUUGUUGUUUGGGAACAAGGUUGUCUAUAGAUUACAAGCAUGUGGAAUUACAGCCUAUUCCUAGCCAAGUCAACAGGCAUUUUUGCUGCCCCCCCCCCCAGCACCCUGGGAAGUGGUCCAUCCCAGUCACACCCACCGGUAGAAUGAGCACCCACCUUCAGUGUUCAAGUGCACAAAAGUGCCUUCCAAUCACACUGUAGGUCCAGAAAUGAGACCCCAUAGGGCAGGGACUUGCCCAAAGACAAAUUACCCUCAAAAGACGGGAAGCUGGGCGUUGGUGGCGCCUGCCUUUAAUUCCAGGGCUCGGAAGACAGAGGCAGAAGGAUCUAUAGGAGUUCGAAGCCAUCCUGGUCUACAGUCCGAGCUUCAUACUGAGACCUUGUUAUAAAAAAAAAGAAAAGAAAAGAAAGGCAGGGAGAUGAAGGUGGUCGCAUUGGGCUUUGGAAUCUGGGAGCCACUGGAGCUCUGCCGGUAGGCACUACAGCCAGCCUUCGCCUCCCCGCCGACACCCGUAGGUUAACGUCACACCCGGCGCGCGCCAGCUCACACAAGGGGGCGGGGCCAGCAGCGGCGCACCGGACUCGUGGAGGGAGUGAGAGGAAUGGGAGCGUGCGUCCCGAGGCCACGCCCACAACAAGCCGGGCAGUGACGUCGCCCGUCUAGCGGCGCGGCUGAGGGUUGAUUGCUUGCGGCGGCUUCCGCGGGCGGGUGCGCGAACGGACGGCUGACGGCUCGGGGCGGUGGUAGCGGCACAGCGGCCAAUGAGGGGAUCCGGAGGGGGCGGGGCGUCGGCUGCGGUUUUGUUCCGCGGUGGCUGAGGCGCACGGUCCCCAUGCGCGGAGCGCGGCCUGCGCGGCCGGCGCCUUGCCCCAGCUACGGAGCCCGGUGCUCACCCGUCGCGCGGACAUUGCUCUGUGCCGUCGUUCGCCUGCCCAUCGCUAAGAGCUCCAUCCACCGGAACGCCGUGUCCUUGCGCUGUAAGCCCGGAAUCUCCGUACGUCGGCCGGCGCCGCGCAGCCGCACGUCGAGAGCCGGGUGCAUCGCCACAGCGCGCGGAACACCCUCUAGGAAGCAGGAAGUUUGACGAGAUAUGAUGGUCCCUUAAGAGAAUCCCAAGAGCAGAUCCUCCCCGACGUCCUGUGGAAGGUGACUUGGAAGUGUAUUCCGAAGCCACUUUUCUGCGUAGACUGAAGGUGACAAAGCCCUGAAGAGUCUGCAAAUGGGUCAGCAUCUUUAAGUCAGAGCUAUAACCCUGAGCUUUGGCUCAGACCUGAUGGCUUGAGCCUGCUGAUGUCCAGGCUUCUGGAAAUCCAGUGCCCAUAGAUGUGGACUAAGGAAGAGCCCCGACCAUGGUCACUCUCAUCACGGAGAAGCUGCAGAACCAGAGUUUGGAUGACCUUACCCGAAGGGCCUGUGAGGCUGUCCCGUAUUCUGCUGAGAAACUGGACAAAAGUGGCCAUUUGUUCCCUUUGGAGAUUGGCGUGGAUAAAAGUCCCUGGAAGGCCUCACAUGGAGGAUGGCCCUUUCGAAGCCGGGCAGCCUCAGGCCCCUUCUCAGUGGGCCCACAUGGUGUGUCUCAUACCGAAGGUCUCAAGUGGCAGCUGGAAUCCCCAGGGCCCAUGGCUGUGGGCCGCUUCCUGGACCUCCGUGAGAGCACAGGGCCACCCGCAGCUCCACCAACCAAGCGACACUGCCGGUCCCUGUCAGAGCCAGAGGAGCUGGCUCGAUGCCGUUCCCCAUGGCGCCCUGGUAGCUCCAAGGUGUGGACUCCCAUCUCUAAGAGGAGAUGCAACAGUGGCGGGAGUGCCACGCUGCAGUGCUGCAGUGGUCUCGGCAACCCUGCACUGCAGGGCAGUCUAGCCCCCGGCCUACCCAGGAAGCCUGUGUCGCCCACCGGCCCUACCUCACCGAUGACGCCCCGGCCAGCUUCAGCCAGCAGUGGCUUUGUGGAUGGCAGUGAGGGCAGUACGAGCUCAGGUCCACCCUGGCUUUCUACAGGACCCUGCCCAUUUUCCUCCAGGCGCCGACUGUCCCUCUCACAAGAGCACCUUGUAGAUGCAGGUGCCUGCCUGCCUUCCGCCAGCAGCACCCCCACUUCCACACCUGAGCUAGGCCGGCACCAUGGCCUGCUCCGGUGCCGCUCACAGCCUUGUGUGUUGGAUGGGAGGAGGGUUCGGCGCAAGCGGAGACGGGAGGAGGAUGCCAGGUGGACGCGCCCAUCCUUGGACUUUCUGAAAAUGACUCGGGCACAUGCUGUUUCUGACAUCGCCAUUCUCAGUGCAGACUCUGGGCAGUGCAGCCAGCAGCGCAGAGGCGCAGGCCUGUGGUUUUGUAUUGUUGAAGCUUCGUGAUCUUUCAAAUAAAAUAACAUCUGAGACUACUAAAAAGCGAAGUAAUGAAUGUUUGUGCCUCCCUCCCCAGUGAUGAGUGACACUUUACAGUGCUUUCUUUAGUUGCCUUUUUAAUAAACAGAGUGGCUGGGACCUCACAGGGCCAAACCCUGCGCAUAGCUUGGGUCACCUAGUCUAGGCAUCUUUGACAGCUGUGGGGUACCAGAGGGGCAUGCUCAGUCAUCCCUACCCUCUGACUAUAGCACUGUUAGAGCUAGAGGCCCUCUGUGAACAUCGAGAGCAGGGCUUCCUCUCCCUCACAAGUCUGAUUGCAUGCAGACUCACAGGCAGAGGAGCCAGCAGGCAGGCUGUCUUCAGAUCUGCCACCCAUGGGUGACCAUGCCCACCCCCCACACUUCCCUCACCUGUCUGUGUGAACCUGCCUCAUCAUAAAUGGCUCCACAUUUCUCCUUGCCCUAGCCUCUCUGCUCCCUCUCUGUCCCUGUCAGCUAAUGGUCCCCACAUCCCCCAUUCUUGCCCUCUAGUGUUGACUUCAGAAUCGUGGGCUAGGUUUUUGUUGUUGUUUGUUUCACGGUUUAAGAUUAUUUAGACUGUGUGGUGGUGCAGUUCAAUCCCAGCACUUAGGAGGCAGAGGCAGGUGAAUCUGAAUUCCAGGCCAGCUUGGUCUGCAUAGUGAGUUCCAGGCAGCUAGGGUUGGUUACGUAGGGAGAGACCCUGUGUCAAAAGCCAAGGUGGAGGUGGGGAGAUGAGUUGUAAGGCAUUUCAUGUUCUGUAGAGUGAGGUUUCUGAGGGACACCAUGGCACCAGUGUGUUAGGUUCAGGAAGCAGCAGCUCGCUCUAGGCCCAACCCUGCAUAUGAGGCCCGAGUACCCGCCUCCUCCCCUGCCUUUCUUUGCUCAUCGCUGCUGGUCUCUCCUGGCUACAUCUGACCCGUGUAUGGCUACCUGAUGCUGUUACCUUGUUCUGAAACAGCUGUCCCACCCAGGAAAGUCCUGUCCCAUCGUCUUCCUGCAAUAGCCGGUGCUGACUUGUGUACUAUGGCUGUGGCUGUGGCUAGGGUGCCAGGCCUGCCUUUCCCCAGUCUUAUGGAGCACGGUCUCCAGGGUGGGCAGUUUUCCUGUGUACCUAGAGUGGAGUACUACCCUUAUAUCCCCUUCAGGCCACUCUCCCGUCUUCCUGAGACCGUGACCAACCUUGUUUUUCUCUUGGAGUAACACUUGCCUGGUGGCUGAGCAUCUACUUCUGGGGCGGCCCUUUUGAGUUUCUGGUUUGUUGGCUCUGUUCCGCCCUGUCUCUGUUGCCAGGGUUUUAUUCAGUGGUGCUGAGGUGCUGGGGCCUCCCGAGUCCUUCCUGCUCAUGGCUGUCGGCUGGUGUCACUCUGCUGUUCAGUGAUUACUUUGGAGGGCCAUGAUGUCUUACCCCUGUGGACACUGCACCUUGUUGGGAGAGGACGGACAUCUGGGGUGGGGGUGGGGCUCCUCUCCUUACAGCUGGCUUCCCCCCAUGCUUACUCUGACAUGCCUUCAGAUGCCUUCAGAUGCCUCUAGUGUCCCCAGUGUUUGGCAGUGCCCGCCGUUUGCUCCUGUCAGAUGGAGACAAGAGUCUACCCCAUCUUUGAGAUCUGUGGUGUAGACUGGUGUUGGGAUUCCUGUGUUCUGGGAAGACUGUUAGUCUCUGCCUGGAGAAUGGAGUCUUUGGAGCCUGGCCUUGUGUUUGGGGUACAGAUGUUUUCAUUUCACUUUUAAGGUGUUCUUAAAACCUUAUCCAUUUUUGAAAUUCUUUUCUGAGAGCAGACCUCUCUUCUUGGACAGAGGUGGGGGUGGACACUGUAGGGUGUCUUUGUCAUCUGCCACGGCAUGGAUGCUCCAUGUAUCCCUCAGGCCUCUGUAACUUGGGACCAGGCGAUCUUUCCCUCCCUGACACUGAGGAAGGCCCUCUUGGAUGUGCUCAGAUGUCUACUGAUAUUUCUUGGCCAACCUGGGGUCUUGGCCGGGCACAGACACACACAUGGCUCGGCUCUAGGCAUGGCUUACUGCACCUGUCUCAGGCUCCAGCUCUACUCGGGUUUGAAGCAGCCUUGCUGGCAGGAGCAGAGCUCGUGAACACAGGCUUAGUGUCUGUAUUUGCCAGGCGGCUUUCUCAACACAGAGAGGAAAGCGCUUGGAUGCUUGUGGCAGCAGUGUCAGGAUAGCUGUAGGAUGCUGGUGUUUUAGAAUCCCCCUGGCUUCAUUGUGGUGAGGUUUGCAGUGGUAACUGGAUACAACAGAAUAUGUCUGUUUCACUCAGCUUGGAAGAUUCCUGGCAUGGACAGCACCCUGGCUGGCCGACCUGUCUGCCUUCCUUCCUUCCUUUGUUUUUGUGGCAAUAGGUGCUAGUGCCUCCCUUGAGACACGGUGGCAGGUCAAGUCAUGAUAGGUGUGGGCUGAUUGACGGUUCUCUCAGGGAUGGUAGUUUUGUGUCGGGCUCUUUGCUGGGUAGCAGUUAUUUCUCUGUGCAUAGAGGAGACGGACAGAGGUUGCUGCUUGCUGCUGAGCUGACCCAGAGGGCACUGGAGUCCAGCGGUGUUUUCUCCACAUGUCAGACCAUGUGGAAGUCCUGAGGUGAAGGCAGGCUUCUGACUGCAGACCCAGGUAGACCUUCUAUGGUUGGGACUACUGGUGCAUGCCUAGGGUCUGCUGUCCUGCAUUUGGAUGUCCCACUGUCCAGCAGGGCCACAAGAAAUAAGCUGCAGGCAGAGUCUUCCAGCUGGUACAUGACAGUCAAAUUCAUCUUGGUUUGAGCAAAAAAUAAAUUAUUCCUUAUUAUUUUGGGGCCAGAACCUAGCUGCUUGUGUCUUUAAGGAUUUGCCUUUGGAAUAUUGCUGCUCACAUUGGCUUGUGUCUUUAAGGAUUUGCCUUUGGAAUAUUGCUGCUCACAUUGGCUUGUGUCUUUAAGGAUUUGCCUUUGGAAUAUUGCUGCUCACAUUGCUUGCUGGGUUUGCUUUGUGUCUUUGAGACCGGGUUUCUAUGUGCACCCUCCCAGGUAGCCUAGAAGUUGAGCUCCACACUGCUCUCCUGAGCACUAGACGACAGCCGCAUGCAUAGCCGAGUGCCAUGUGCCUUGCAGAGUCACUGUUCAUAGUUGAACAAUAAAACCGAAACAGUGCAGUUUGUCUUGUUGAGACAGCUAAUUCCUGUACAAACACAGCUCUGAGGAAAACUGUGUUCUCCCUUGGCUUACGUGCUUAUACUCAUUUGUGAUGGGCCUGUUUCCAGGGAUCUUCUAGUCAAAAAGUAGAUUUUUGCUAAGAGUGGUAGCACGUGUCUGAAACUCCAGCAGUCAGAAAGUAGGAGGAGGAAGAUCAGAAGUUCAAGGCCACACUGAGCUACAUAGCAAGUUUAAAGCCACCCUGGACUACUUUGUCUGUCCUUACUCCAGACGAAUUUGGGAUUGGGGGGUGGUGGUGGUUGCUGUUGUGGUUGCUGUUGUUGUUGUUGUUGUUGUUGUGGUUGCUGUUGUGGUUGCUGUUGUGGUUGCUGUUGUUGUUGUUGUUGUUGUUGUUGUGGUUGCUGUUGUGGUUGCUGUUGUGGUUGCUGUUGUGGUUGCUGUUGUGGUUGUUGUUGUGGUUGUUGUUGUGGUUGCUGUUGUGGUUGCUGUUGUGGUUGCUGUUGUGGUUGCUGUUGUGGUUGCUGUUGUGGUUGCUGUUGUGGUUGCUGUUGUGGUUGCUGUUGGUGUUGUUGUUGUGGUUGCUGUUGGUGUUGUUGUUGUGGUUGCUGUUGUGGUUGCUGUUGUGGUUGCUGUUGUGGUUGCUGUUGGUGUUGUUGUUGUGGUUGCUGUUGUUGUUGUUGUUGUUGUGGUUGCUGUUGUGGUUGCUGUUGGUGUUGCUGUUGUGGUUGCUGUUGUGGUUGUUGUUGUGGUUGUUGUUGUGGUUGCUGUUGUGGUUGCUGUUGUGGUUGCUGUUGUGGUUGCUGUUGUGGUUGCUGUUGUGGUUGCUGUUGUUGUUGUUGUUGUUGUUGUUGUUUUGUAUCACUGAUUAGCUAAUGUUCUCAAGGCCAGGGUGGCCUGAUAGUCCGUGUCCUGGCGUCUGUGCUACUUUCCCGGUACCAGUGUACCUCCUAGAGUCCCCAUGUAGUGGCACAUGGAAGAGGGCUGUUUAAAGCAGCCUGGUGGAUAUUGUGAGGACUUAGACAGGGCUGUGUGAAAGGGACUGAGCACUGCAGAAGGGGACACAAGGUCAUACCAGGGACGUGGCAGCGAAGCAAGGCCCAGCCAUGUCAAAGGCAGGUAUGUGUAGCUCUAACAUGUGCAUCCCAGGACAUGGGUGAGUUCCAAGAGACAUGCGCAGUAGUCUGAGGUCAUGGGGCAAGUGGACCACGCCACCAGACAGAAGAACUGGUAAGGUUAAGUGAGCCCAAACUCCGUGGACCUCAGGAUUGAGAAUGGUAGGAGUGGGGCCAACUCCCUGGUAAUUCUACCUGCCCUGGAUCAUGUAACCAUGCACCUCCCUGAGAGGGCCAUGACAGUCAGGUAUUUAAUCCCUGACUCACCCCGAGUUAGGUGUGUGCAUUCACAUUUGCCAUUGAGUAAAGCAGUUUGGACAAGCCAGGACAGUCUCAUCAUCAAGGAUCAGAGCAAUGGGUCGGCCUCCUAAGGAACAGCACCUGAGUCUCCCAGAGAAGCCAGCUGUCUUACAGCCCUUACAUACUCUCACCACUCACUCGGAAUCAAACUAGGUUCCACUCCCCACCUUCCACUUCCUGCCUGGCUCAUGGAUGCUCCAAGGGGAAGUGUGGACCAGGACCUCCACCCCUUUCCAACUCACCUGGGUACUCAGGAGACUGGGAGCCACAGCAGUUGUUCCAGACUCCCCUGUUUCCCACUUGGGAAAACACCGACUGCAUUUUGCCUCCCCUGAGCGGUGUGUAGGCAACAUUCCAGGCACCCAGCCACAGGCAGAAUGCAGCCCUCUGAGUAGGCAAGUCUUUUUCAAUAAGCGAGCUCUGGUUUGGAGCAGAGACUGGUAGUUGAGUUCACAGAGGGCAUGCGGACAGCACAGCCUCUCAGCUGGCUCUUCUGGCUCUGUGCCUUGGGUGCGCCUUGGGUAGUAUAUGCUAGAGGCAGUCCAAGAUGCUGGCAAGGCUCAGAGUGCAUACCUGGACAAGGGUCAUUAGAGGCCCCUUGUGUGUUUUUCACUUAGAGGUUUUAGGAUGAGAAGGCUCUCCACAUAUUGUAUUUGAGAUGAGAGUGGACGGUGGGAGGCAGGGUCGAGGCAGUUAGGUUAGGGAUUGAGGAAUGAAUCUGUGUGUAUGUGGGUCUGAUAAGUUACAGCUGGCUAACCUGACCUGAAACCUGUUUUGAACCACUGGGUGGUGUUGGAGAUGGGGUACAUGAGGAGAGGAUUCCUGGAUAGUCUGUCUACCAAGAGAAAGGCAGGCUCUGAGAUGCAGCCUCUCUGAGGUCUCUGGUGUCUGGGGCUUCCCAGGUAGGUGUUAGGCACUUACAUACCUGGUGUCUCUGGUCUUGCAGGCACUGUGGGAGCUCUGUGGCCCUGGUUUCUGACGAGGCCAGGAGUGAGAUGAGCAGAGUCCAGGAAACAGCUCUUGGGCUGUGAGUGGUGCUUGGUGACUGGGAUGGGCUAGACAUCGUUGUAGGCAGGCACAUAUCUUGCAUAUCACCUCCCAGAAAUGCCUUCAGCCCAUUUUUUUCUAUUGCAGACUUUAAAAAACUCAAAGAGCCUUUGUUCCCUGGACUAUGAAGAUGAUGAGGAUGACACCCAGGCGAAGACGGUUGUGUCCUCUCCGUGUAACUCGCAGGGCCUCGUGGGCAUCAUCACUCCCAGCUCUAGCCCAAGGAUUCCCAGGCCUGGCCCUGCCAGCCCCAGUGUCUGGGCUUCAGGGGAGCCAGAGACUAGCACCGGUGAGGGUGGGAGCAGUGGGGAACCCAGUGACUGGGACAGUGCAGGAGAGGAGGGCAUUUUCCCGCUGGACCACGGCGACCUGGACUUGGAGCAGAUUGAGAACAACUGAUUUUGGCUGAGCAGUGGCUGCUGUCUGUCACCUUGGUGCCUGACCAGUGGAAAGAACUUGUGUGUUAUUUUGAAAAUUGAGGUGUAAUUUUGAUUCAGUUUUUCCUAAAGAAGUAUUUUGCAUUUUUAUGGCUUCUACAGUUUGGGAGAGCAUCUCUAUUUUGAAAUGGGUUUUUAGAGGGCAUUCUAUUAAACAUGGUUCUACGUA